GUGCAGGAAGACUGCGUGCAGGUGCUGGACUCCCUGUCCAGGUGCGUGAAGUGGGCAGAGGGCUUCCUCCUGGUCUACUCCAUCACCGACUACGGCAGCUACCAGUCAGUCCGACCCCUCUACCAGCACAUACGCCAGGUCCACCCGGAUGCCAGGACUCCGGUCAUCAUCGUGGGGAACAAAGCCGACCUCCUCCACGCCAGGCAAGUGCAGGCGAAAGAGGGACUACAGCUGGCAAAUGAACUGGGUAGCCUGUUCUUGGAAAUCUCCACGAGUGACGACUCCCAGGGCGUCCUCAAUGUUUUCCAGUAUCUUUGCAAGGAGGUCAGCAAGCUACAGCACGCCGGCAGCACAGACAGGAGGCGGUCAUCCAUCAUUCCUCGGCCCAAGUCUCCCAACAUGCAAGACCUAAAGAGACGUUUCAAACAGGCUUUAUCUUCCAAAGUCAAAUAA